AUGGUUACCUUGUAUGAACUGCUGUGUAUGGCAUCAGUAAAUCUAAUUAACUCAAAUCAUGUCCAUUUCAAUUCAUCCACACAGCUUCCGAGACAUUUCACCUGUCUAACAGCAUGUUCGCUGGUGUUCGUGAUGCUGCUGCUAUCAGGUUGCGGUGGCCGGACAAACGGAGUUGAGGGUGCCCGAAUAUUGGCUGCGUAUGUCUUUCCUGGCAAAAGUCAUUAUGGCAUGCAUUCAGCUUUGAUUAAGGAACUUGUGGACCGAGGACACGAAGUGACAAUGAUUGCUGCAUUUACAUUGGAACACAUGAAGUUGGGUAAAAAUUAUACAGAGAUUCUCAUAGAACCGGUCUAUGAUUUUUGGAGUGAUGUUAUGGACUUCUUUAAAACCGAGAACAUUUUUGCCCUGACGGACAUGAGUAAUCUGCAGUAUUACAAAAUGAUGGACAUUAUUGCAUUUUCAACAACAGAACAUGCCCUGAAGCAACCCAAAGUUUUGGAAUUAAUCAACGAUCCCCAGCCAAGGGGUAAAUUCGAUUUGUUGCUGUGUGAACAAUUCUAUCAGGAACCCUUUUUGGCAUUGUCGCGUGUCUAUGAUGUGCCCAUUGUCACGAGUAGUACUCUAGGUUUUGAAUCACGUAUGAGCCAAAUGAUGGGUGUCAUUAUGCCAUGGUCAUUUGUACCGCACACAUUUUCACCCUACAACGAUCGCAUGACAUUCUUCGAACGUCUCAUGAAUUCGUUUUAUUCCCUCACAGAGGAUAUCAUUCGUGAAUAUGACUAUUUUCCAAAAAUGGAUAAGCUGGUGGAGAAAUAUUUUGGACAUUUGAAUGUUGAUAUCCCUCCAGUUUCGAAGUUGGAACAAAACAUCUCAGUGGCUAUGGUCAACAGUUAUACACCGCUGAGUACAACUAGACCCUUAGUGCCGGGUAUGAUUGCUGUGGGUGGUCUUCAUAUACAUCCAAACAAAAAAUUACCCGACGAUUUGCAAACAUUUUUAGAUGGAGCCGUUGAUGGGGCCAUAUUUUUCAGUUUAGGUAGUAAUGUCCAAUCGAAAGAUAUGCCCUAUGAAAAGAUGCGCAUUUUCCUUGACGUUUUCGCAUCGAUGAAACAGCGUGUCAUCUGGAAAUUCGAAAAUGAUAGCAUUCCGGAUAUGCCGAAAAAUAUACUGAUACGCAAAUGGUUACCACAAUCGGAUAUAUUGGCGCAUCCCAAUGUUAAAGUUUUCAUAACACAUGGAGGUCUCUUCGGAACACAGGAGGGUGUCUAUCAUGGUGUACCGAUGUUGGGUAUACCCAUCUAUUGUGAUCAACACUUAAACAUACGCAAAGCGGAACAAAGUGGUUAUGCCAUAAAAUUGCAUUUCCCAACUAUAACCAAGGAACUUCUCAAAGAAUCUUUGGAAAAGCUAAUCAAUAAUCCUCAAUAUCGUAAUAACAUCCAACGGUAUUCAACAAUAUUCCGGGAUCGUCCAAUGGCGGCACGUGAGACCGCCGUCUAUUGGAUUGAAUAUGUUAUAAGGCAUAAGGGUGCCACGCAUUUGAGAUCUGCCGGUUUGGAUUUAAAAUGGUAUGAAUUUUAUCUAUUGGAUGUAAUUGCAUUUGCUGUGGGAGUACCACUUCUUAUCAUUGGAUUAUUGGUGUUUAUUGUGCGAAAGGUGUGUUGCCGAUCGUCGAAGUCCGUGAAGAAGCUGAAACGGAAUUAA